UUAAAUCUGUUUUGCAUUGAGAGCACAGAAGUUUUCAUUUAACAAAUGCAUUUUAAAACACCAAUGGCCGAUGUGUUGCUUAUUGAUGAUCUACUCGGUGAUAUACGUAUAUUAAAGAGCAAUUGUUUGGAAUUGCUGCAACGUCAAGUGACCGAUUUGGCUGACACACAGAAUAUCGCUGAGGAUCGUACGACGCGCACAAAGACCGAAUAUGCUGUACUACAGACACGUUAUCAUAUGCUUGAAGAGCAGUACAGGGAGUCCGAACUCCGCGCCGAAGAACGCCUCGCUGAGGAACAGAAACGCUAUCGCGAACUAUUGGCACGCGUCGAACGUGAAGCUGCGCUCCAAAAUGAAAAUUGCCAAAUAAAAAUCAAAACUAUAGAACUCGAAGCGAAUACAUUACGUGAAGAGGCGCAACGUCUGCGUGUCCAGUGUGACAAACAAGCCAACGAUUUACAUCGUACGGAAGAAAAAUAUGAGCUUGCGCGCGAUCAAAUCACAUCACUGCAACAGGAUCUUGACGAGGCGACGCAACGUGAGCGAAAAUAUGAAGAUGAUAAGAAGGCGGCUGAAGAUCUAAUGCUGGAGUUGAGCAAAGAAUUGGAACGGUUGCGUGCGGAGACGGGACCAGCGUUGCCAACCACCUCACCGGAGACAAUAAGACUGGAAGAACUGCAUCAAGAGUUGGAGGAGAUGCGGCAGAAGAAUAAAGCUUUGGAAGAGCAAAACGAGGAGCUGCAAGCGCAAGUGCUUACACGUGGAGUGGAAGAAGGACGCAAUUUGCUAAACGGCACACUGAAUAGUUUAGCGCAGGAACUGGAGGAAAUGUCACAAGCACAGGACUCUGUGGAUUCAGCCACAUUAGCAUCUCUGAGUCAGUUACAACAAGCGUUCCAAGAAAAGGAAGAUGAAAAUACCCGCCUUAAACAUUAUAUCGAUACGAUACUAUUGAACAUCGUAGAGAAUUAUCCACAACUGUUGGAAGUGAAGCCGAUUUCGAAGUAAGCUGUCGAGAAGCUGCAAACGCAGAGGAGCAAGUUCUAAGCCAUAAAAAAGAGAAAACUCCAAAUAAUUGGACAGCAGACUCUUUGGAGGAACAAGCGAGUUUCAAGAAUAGCAAAGAACAAUAAUAAUUUUGUGCUGGAGAGAUGCUUCUUACCACUUUUUAUGACUUGCUUUGGAAUACGAAAUAAGUUCCUGUCAUAUCUCCUUCACUGAGCUGAGAAUAUUCUCCUAAAACUGCGCGUGCAGCAAAUAAUUUUUGAUUUUUUUUUUCUGUUAUAUAAUUUAUAUAUAAUAUCACCGGAGUCACCGGAAGCUGAUGAAGAACAAAUAAAUAAAGAAAAUUAUAAUAAAUAAAUUAUUUUUAAGUAAAUUUUUAAAAAUAACAAAUAAAUAUUUAAUAAGAGAAAUUUAGUAUAGACAAUAAAAACAAUUUAAAAAAAAUUUCACGCAAGAAAAAUCCAAGAAAGUACUAACUACUACUAUAAAGAAACAGGCCAACUUAUUUAUAUAAUAUAUAAUUUAGUAUUUAAAUAUAUUUUAAAUAUUUUUCUUUUAGUAAAA